UCGUGCGUAGAAUUUUCUCCAUAUACUCGAAGCUAAAGAAGUUUCUCAUUUUAUAUUAAUGCAUGGGGCCGGACCCGUCUUUCUAUCUUUUUCUAACGAAAUGUGACCAACUUGUAGAAGUAUUCUUAUUAUUUGUAUAUGCCACUCAUGAGCAGCUUUUCAUACUAUGCACUUCUUCCAUGGCCUUGCAAUUAGGAUCAGCCUCUAAUUCCUCUCUCUCUUCCUCUUUUUCUUUCAACUCUCGAUCAGCUUAUGAUGUGUUCUUGAGUUUUUGAGGCGAAGAUGUUCGUCACAAUUUUCUUUCUCAUCUAUAUGAUGCGUUAUGUCAAAAGGGAAUAUAUACCUAUAUCGACAACUAUCUUGAAAGAGGAGAGCAGAUUUCAUUGGCACUCUUCAAAGCUAUCGAGGCGUCAAGGAUUUCAAUCAUCAUUCUUUCUGAACACUAUGCAUCAUCCACAUGGUGUUUAAAUGAGUUAAUCAAGAUUCUCAAGUGUAAGAAAACAAAACAGCAAAUGGUUCUUCCAGUGUUUUACAAAGUGGAUCCAUCAAUAGUAAGGAAACAAAAGGAGAGUUACGGAGAAGCAUUGGCCAACUAUGAACACAAGUUCAAUGAUGACAUGAGGGUGGAGAGGUGGAAGGCAGCACUAAAAGAAGUGGCAAAUUUGUCUGGGCUCCAUUUAGGGAAGGAUGGGAAUGAAGCUGAAUUCAUCAAGAAAAUCAUUCAAUGGGUGGACUCAAUAAUAAUAAAUCGUACAACCUUAGAAGUUGCCAAAUACCCAAUUGGAAUAGAGUCUCGUGUACAAUAUAUAUCUUCCCUUUUAUGUAUGGAAAAGAAAGAUAUUGUACAUAAGGUAGGAAUCUUCGGAGUUGGUGGUAUUGGAAAGACAACAAUUGCGAAAGUAGUUUAUAACAAGAUUUCUUCUAAAUUUGAAGGCAGUUGUUUCUAAAAAAAUAUCAGAGAAACUUCACAAAGAGAGGAUGGUUUGGUCCAACUGCAAAAGAAACUUCUUUCUGACAUCUUUGGAGCAUAUAUGGGUUGUAAUAUUGACUUUGUUGACAGAGGAACCAAUGUGAUAAAGGAGAGGCUUCGCUCUAAAAGGAUUCUUCUAAUUCUUGAUGAUGUGGACGAGUGGGAACAGUUAAAAGUUUUGGCAGGAGAUUGUGAUUGGUUUGGUUUAGGAAGUAGAAUCGUCAUAACAACACGAGAUCAACAUUUAUUGACUAAUCAUGAAGUUGAAGCAAGAUAUGAGUUGGAGAGACUCAAUCACAAUGAAGCUUUUAAGCUCUUUAGUUUGUGUGCCUUCAAAAAAGAGGAACCACCUAAAAAUUAUGUGGAACUGACAAAACGUAUAAUAGGUUAUGCGGGGGGCCUUCCACUAGCUUUGGAACUGCUCGGUUCGGAUCUACAGGGUAGAAGUAUACAAGAAUGGGAAAGUGCUUUAGAUGAAUACAAAAGAAGUCCUCACAAAAAGAUUCAAAAAAUACUUAGAAUCAGUUUUGAUAGUUUGCGUGAAAGUGAGAAGAAUAUUUUUCUUGACAUUGCAUGUGUCUUUAAGGGAUAUCACAAAGAUCGUGUAAUUAAAAUAUUAGAUAGUCGUGGCUUUUGUCCAAAUAUUGGUGUAAAAAAGCUCAUGGAUAAGUGUCUUAUAACCAUUGAUUAUUGUGCCUGUUUUGAGAUGCAUGACUUGCUCCAAGAUAUGGGUAGAGAAAUUGUUCGAGAAGAAUCACCAAGAGAGCCUGGCAAACGUAGCAGAUUAUAUUCUCAUGAAGAUAUUCGUCAUGUACUUGAAGAAGAUAUGGGAACGAACCGAAUUGAAGGAAUGCUGAUAGAUUUACCUAAAGAAGAUCAGUUGAUAUGCUUGAGUUCUGAGGUAUUCAGGAGGAUGACAAAUCUGAAAUAUUUCAUAAAUUGUAAUGCACGCUUCUCUGGGGGUCCUAAUUAUCUUUCUAACGAGUUAAAAGUGCUUGAUUGGAUGGGAUAUCCUUCACAAUCAUUGCCUGAGAAUUUUCAUGGACAUAAACUGGUUGAUCUUAGAAUAAGUAAUAGCCUCGUCAAGGAUUUGGCACUGCGAUUGAAGAAUUUCCAUAACUUGACCAGAAUGGACUUCUCUUUUUGUGAAUAUCUGACAAAAAUCCCCGAUGUUUCAAGGAUUCCAAAUUUGGAGUGGUUGGAUGUUGCUGAUUGUCACAAUUUAGUUGAGGUGCAUGCUUCUGUUGGAUCCCUUAAUAAGCUUGAGCAUCUCUCAUUUGUCUUUUGCACCAAGCUCACCAGUUUGCCAAGAAGCCUCAAGUUUAGAUAUCUAAAAUGUCUUUCCGCUCGAGAUUGCUCAAGACUUCAAAAUUUCCCUGAAAUCGAGUUUGAAAGGGAAUGUUUAAGGAAUCUUAAUUUAGCACGCACCGAUAUAAAAGAAUUGCCUUUAUCCAUUGGGAACCUCACUGGUCUUGAAGAAUUAGAUCUAAGUGGCUGCAAAAAUCUUCAUCUCCCGACUGGCAUUCUACGAUUUCGACAUCUGAAGACUCUGUCUCACUGGUUGUUCAAAACUUGUUUUUAUUCCAAAUAUCUUGAAGGAUGAUUGUUGCUCAAUAGACCUUUCGGAGCUGGGAUUUUUACAUCUUGAAGAGUGUCACCUGCCAGACUCAGAUAUCCUGAUGAGCCUCAAUCGGUAUUUUACUCUGCAGCAUUUAAAUCUAUCAGGGAGUGAUAUUAUUAGGCUUCCAGAAAGCAUUACCAAGUUUGUUGACUUGAGGAUCCUUGAGUUAAUGGAUUGCAAGAAACUUGAAGAAAUUCCUGCACUGCCACAUAAAAUAGAAAUUGUAGAUGCAAAAGGAUGCAUAUCACUGGAAAGAUUUCCAGAUGGAUUGAAAAUACCGCACUUCUUUAGAAGUCCACAAAAAGACCGACUAUGGAUUAACUUGUCCGGAUGCCACAAAAUUCCUACGAAUAUAGAGAGGUUUUGGGAAAAUACCUUACGGAGUGAGGAUCUCAGAAACCUUUCAGGCAGCAUUAUAUUUCAGGGGAAUAGGAUUCCAGACUGGUUUAGCCAUACGAAGCAAAAUUCCAAAAAUUGGACCCCAUACCCAUUAAGCCAUCUUGAGGCGUCUUCAUCAGAAAAGAGG